AUGUAUGAAUGGUCGUUCUCAGCGCCAAAAAACAGUUCAAUAUUGCUGGAAAGCGCUUACCGUGAUACGGCCGCACCUUGCUACCCAGCAGACGAUCCUUCCCCCCCUUCACGGCCCCAACAAACCACUCAUCAACAUCAUUCGCUCCUUUUACAGGUGCAUGAGCUGCCCAGGCCCAACGCCCAGAAAAUGCCGGCUCCAUCGCAAAUUCCAAGUGUUCCCAAUGGAUCGACCCUCUCCUCAUUAUCCAACGCUCUAGACUUUCCCCCAUGUCCCAACGUCUUAGUUACUUCGUUACCCAAUGGUACAGUUUCAGCAUCCAGCCCCCAGAAUCCAAUGGCCCAAGCUCCAGUAUCACGAAUCAACGUGGGACGUUCCAAAGAAUCUCAACGGCGUACUGUCCCGCGACACACUGUCUCACAGCCCAGCGCCCCACCACCCAUUGCCUCACGGCCCCUUGCCUCACGGCCCCUUGCCCCACGGCCCCUUGCCCCGCCAUCUUUGCCGCAAUUCAAAGCCCCACCACCAUCGUCAAGGUCUUCUAAAACGGGGCCCUUUACAGCAGCCGACCCCCAAUAUCCCAACCUUGUCGCCAACUUUUCACACCCCGACGACAUCCUCUCUACCAUGGGCCUCAACCUUUCUACCAGAUCCAAUUUCCUUAGAGCCAGUUCACUGCCCGGUUUCCUCAACGGAAUCUCCACCACCACAAAGCAGCUUCUUGACGUCGCAUGUGAUGCCGUCACAGCCGCAGCCAGGGGCAACCUCCUCGCAAACGACUUGCAUUCCAGUCGAUUCACCAGUCACUCGCCCGCACGGGCAGCCGCGUUCUACCACACAGAACACCGUCGUAGAGCUCUUUGUCAAUGGUGCAUCGUCGGAGAGGCCGUUGAAACGUAA